GAAUGAACUUAACGACAGGGGUUACCUCUUGCCUACAUUGCACUGCAUGCCGGCCAAGUCAUUCCAGACUUGCCCUCUCCUCCUCGAUCAGUGAUCGAUCGCAAGCUAACUAUGACUGCAACGCGUCUCCGGCCUCCUGCUCCACUUCCCAGCUGUAUAUAUAUACACAUAGCUCUCUUUCGUCACCGCCACCGGCCGGCAAGCUAGAUGCACUGACCACGGUGACCCAUCUCGAUCGAUCGGCGGCUUCGCUAGCUAGCUGGGACACAGCCCCCAUAUAAAUCAUCCACUCCUCCGUAGCAAGCACAUCCUGAAGCUGCCUUUCUUUUCCAAUAAGCUAAGCAGCAGGUGCAAAGGGAAUUCGAGAUCCAGAGAGCUAGCUGAUCGAUGGAUCCGAAAGUUGGCGUUGCUCUGACCCUCUCCCUCGUCGGCGGGCUAAGCACCUCCCUUGGUGCACUGUUGGCUAUCCUCAACCAUGCGCCAAACAACAGAACACUCGGGAUUCUACAGGGCUUUGCUACUGGGCUCAUGCUCAGCAUGUCUUUCUUUGACUUGGCUUACGAUGCUGUCAACGCCAUCGGCUUUCUGAGAGGGAACCUCUGGUUUUUCGCUGGAGCGCUGCUGUUCUCAACAAUCGCGGACGUUUUCCCUGAGCCAGACUGCAGUGCGGCAGAUGAAAAUGGGAAGCAGCAGGGUGGAAAGGAACUCAUGAUGAGACAUCGCCGAAGAGUUAUAUUUAGCGUCAUUGUCACAGCAAUUGUUGCUGGUGUGAGUUUACAAAACUUCCCUGUGGGCACUGCUGCAUUUCUUGGAACAACAAAGGGCUUCCGUGUUGGUUUGAACUUGGCUCUUGCUAUAGCACUACACUACAUUCCAGAGGGUAUUUCAGUAGCUCUCCCAGCAUACUUUGCCACUAGCAGCAAAUGGCAAGCCUUCAAAUUAGCAACUCUAUCUGGUUUUGCAGAGCCACUGGGUGUGAUUAUUGUGGCAUACCUAUUCCCAAGCAAUUUGAACCCUGAAAUACUGGAAGGUCUACUUGGAUUAGUGGGAGGAGUCAUGGCUUUUCUAACAUUGUAUGAAAUGCUACCACUAGCAUUUGAAUAUGCAGGACGCAAGGAUGCUGUUAAAGCAGUAUUUGUUGGUAUGGCCUUUAUGUCUAUGAGCUUGUAUUUUCUAGAUGCUAGCCUCCCAAAGGAGAUGAGCGCUUAACAUAAUUUGCGCCUAAACCAAUUCAUGUGAUGGUCAAGAGAAUUUCAUCAUGGGUGCUGCAACAAGGUGUUAGUGGGAAGGACGUGCAUCCAACUCGAGAUCAUGAGAGAUGAGAUGUUUCCAGCAACAGUACACAAUACAACGACUGACAGAUCAAGCUUUUAUCAAUGUCCAUGGGACAUGUGACCAAAAUGGUUUGCAACACAAUCAUAUUUAUAUAAAAAAGGGAAGUACAAUUGUACAAACAGGCAUAUGCUAACAACAUAUCAUGUACAUUUUAAUUAGAUUCGGUCAUAUCAUGUACAUAGAGGGUAAGAUUAAUUGUAUAUACUGAAUAAAGUAGGCACAAAACACUGAUACGAUGUAAAAUAAUGGAAAUAAACGGUUGCAUACAUGAUGAAUGAUUGACCGACGUAUCUGCUGAACAAACUUUAAACGGGCUAUACAAGUUAUGAGGCAAAGAGACUUUACUCUUUUAAACAUGGUUAUAAUAAAUUCAAUUUACUCAUGUUUAAUCUGGCUAUAAUAAGUUUAAUCUACUUGUUGUGCAUCCAUUAUAAGUUUAUAACUAUUGGACCUUUACUCAUAUAUAGAGAGAGAGGACAACACUUUUUAUCUAGUGUGAUAUCGUCAACAUCUGGAUCCAACCGAACAUAUUUGACCGAGUUAGCCAUACGCAAGAACCGAGAACAUUUCAGAUCUGACAAAACAACAACAUCUUCACACGGUAUCCGCACGUGUGGGAAUGAAACACCGCAACGUGGAUAUGCUAGCACCGCUCGUAGGAGAGGAACGAUGAUGAUGUGUUGAUUGCCCGCAGCCCUAGGGAUAGAGAUGCAAUAGCUAAGAUGAUUCUCUCAAGCACAACACCUUUUUAUAUAUAGACCUUUGUUAAUGGAAUUUCACCCUCAUGGUCUACGAUUGCUUUUUGGAUAUUUAUUCAACACAUCUGCGUCCUCACUUAACAUAGAGUUUCUUCACCCAUUACUCAGUUGUCCUUGGUGUCAAAUCAAUGACCUUGUCGUCUGGACCUUCAAAUAAUCCAGACUCCAUUCCCUUUUACAAGCUUGGCAUCAUACUUGUAACUCUUAUUUGCUCAUUCCAUUGUUUCCAAUGAACAAUCCAAAAUAAAGAAGAAGAAUACGUGGGAAAACAAAGAUGAACAUUUUAAGAGUGGGAGGCUUCAGGAGAGUACGCACAGGAAAAGUGACUUGUUUCACUGCCUAGUCUUUUGUCUCGUCUGAUAAUUACCACGCCAUUGGACCUUGAAACCAUUGUUCCAUAGGCCACAACAUGCAGCGUGGAUGCGGGUAGUGAUGAGUUUGCACAAUUAUGGAGUGCCCGAUCGAUGUUGUAUGGGAGAGACAGAAGCAAAAUCCGGCGAAACUAGCCCAGAGGUGUUUUACUCGUCAAGGCAAAACAAACAUUGAACAUGGUAACGUUUGACAGCAUAAUCGUUUCACAGUUAGGCCAUGCUUGUUUAUAUAGGAAUGUAGUCGAAAUCGUUCCAACCAAUCAAAUCUUGUAUAAAUUAUACAAACAAUUUGGCUAGAAAUAAUUUCAUAUCACCGUUAGGUCACUGUUAUGAGAAAAAACGAACAUGCCCUUUAGGUGUUUGGUGUCGUUUCUACUUAUUCCAGUAAGAAUCGGAACAGAUUAUUGCUUCAAAAUGUUCCAUAAGAUAUCAUUUUGUUCCAAUGGGAUGUUUGGAAUCUGGAUAAAAAAAUCUCAAGUGAAUUUUAACAUACAGACAUAUAAUCCAAUAAAAACAUAUCAGAUUUUUUUAUCUUAAAAUCCAAUCCACUGGAAUCCAAACGGGCCUGAGUAUCUUCUUAGCCCAUAGACCAUAGUAUACUGUAAAAACGUACACUUGAAAAAAAGGAAUAAAAUUGAAAAAGGGAAGCUUGCAAAGCCAGCCAUGUGCAAGGCCAUGCCUACCAACCAGCACGAGCUGGGCUGGUCCGAUCCGCAGGCCCGUUACUUUCUGCGGUGGGCCGGUUAGGCUGGUCGAUCUUCUUCCUUCUGGAGUCACCAACCGAGCCAGAUCUCCACGACUCACUUUCCUGACCCCGACCCCGACCCGUUUGCCUUCCUGAAUCCUGUCGCCGUCUCGCGUGCCUUCAUUCCCGGCGGCGACCUCUUCGUGGGGCCUUUCGCCGGCAACGAGCACCCACGCACCAGGAUUCAGAUCGUGCUACGGCGGCUCCUGUCCAUCCACCAUGAUUAAUUUCGUGCCUGAUCAGCCGCCAGGGCAAGGUGAGGCUCACCAAGUGGUAUUCUCCGUACACCCAGAAGGAGAGGACCAAGGUCAUUCGCGAGCUCAGUGGACUCGUUCUUACACGAGGGCCCAAACUCUGCAACUUUGUCGAGUGGAGGGGUUACAAGGUUGUAUACCGGAGGUAUGCUAGCCUGUAUUUCUGCAUGCGCAUUGAUGCUGAUGACAAUGAGCUUGAAGUCCUUGAGAUCAUCCAUCAUUUCGUCGAGAUACUGGACCGAUAUUUUGGCAGUGUAUGUGAGCUGGAUUUGAUAUUCAAUUUCCAUAAGGCCUACUACAUACUGGAUGAGAUUCUCAUUGCCGGUGAACUUCAAGAAUCUAGCAAGAAGAAUGUUGCAAGACUUAUUGCCACACAGGAUUCGUUAGUGGAGGCUGCUAAAGAGGAAGCCAGCUCCAUAAGUAACAUCAUUGCUCAAGCCACAAAAUAAAGUUCUUCACCAGUCUAAUGCCCGACAUCUUGUCGUUGUUGUUCAAGCAACUGUGUGUGCAGAGCCUUAUGUUGGAGCACAAGCAUGGGAUUGAUUCGUUCUAUUCUUUUUCUUCCCUUGAGCUUUACCUUGCACUGCUGCUAGUCUUUACACCUUACACUAUCGAGAGAUCGGUUCUGGAAGUUUGCUUACACUGCUAGGCUCUACACCAUGGAAAAGAUUGGUACGUCUUGCCGGGCUUAGCAAUGAGCUGCUCCUGUUAACAAUGGCUGUUAUAUAGGUUGAGGAUGGAGGAGGACAUUGGGAGAACAAACCCUGUAGCACUCCGUGCAGGUAGAGUCGCCGUCUAAAGCACUAGAUGCCAGCUGUUCAGCCGCACGGACACGGAGGAGGGACAUGGAGGAGACAAGGUUGGUGCACGCGAAUUCUGGAAGCAAUGGCGGACAAGGAAUCCUGUUUUCCGCUCCAAUUGCAACGAAUCUUGUUUUCUAUCCAUAGAUUAGAUAUCCGUACCCUGCUUCGCUAUUUCUCUCCACCCCUUAGGGCAUGUACAACCUUAAGACUCUGAUUUGAUUUUCAAAAUACAAGAGACAACUAAGAAAAUGUAUGGUCCAACCUGAGACUCUAGAUAAUACAUAAUAAAUGCAGCUAAGAGAAUAUAUA